UAAAUAAUAUUAACAAGAAAUAGUGUAAUCUAGGUUGCAGAACUAAUUGAAACUCGAAGUUUAAAGUAACAGUCUAACAGAUCGUGAAGGAGUUAAACAGUGCAACAAAGAGGAAGGAAAGUUGAAACAUUUUAGACAGUGGCAUGUGGGAAUCUAUUCUACUGACGGUGGCUGCCACCGCCGGCAACAACAUUGGAAAGAUCCUUCAGAAGAAGGGCACUAUCAUUCUUCCACCCCUUUCUUUCAAACUCAAGGUCAUAAGGUCUUAUGCUUCAAACAGAACCUGGGUGAUUGGUUUUCUAGUGGAUAUAUUUGGGGCAUUAUUGAUGUUAAGGGCAUUGUCUUUGGCUCCAGUCUCUGUCAUCCAACCAGUUUCUGGCUGUGGACUAGCAAUUUUAUCACUUUUUUCCCAUUUUUAUCUCAAGGAAGUCAUGAAUGCUGUUGAUUGGGUUGGCAUUACAUUGGCAGGUUUUGGCACAAUAGGAGUUGGUGCUGGAGGUGAGAAGCAUGAAGUGGUUGCUCUAUCUAUUUUUCGGUUACCAGCGUUGGCAUUUGUUGUUUUCAUCUUGUUUAUACUGCUUAAUGGAUGGGUUCGAAUAUGCAAGAGUCAACGAAGAGAACAAGAAAUGAUGGAAUAUGAUGUCGUUGAGGAAAUCAUCUAUGGCUUGGAAUCUGGUAUUUUGUUUGGGAUGUCAUCUGUAAUAUCAAAGAUAGGAUUUCUAUUCCUGGAUCAAGGUUUCCCCAGGCUGUUGGCUCCUGUGUGCAUCCUGAUCAGUGUCUGCUGUAGUGGCACAGGCUUUUACUACCAGACACGUGGUCUAAAGCAUGGGAGAGCUAUUGUGGUUUCUACAUGUGCAGCUGUGGCAUCAAUUUUGACUGGUGUACUUGCUGGGAUGUUUGCUUUGGGUGAGCGACUUCCUUCAGAACCGAAAGCUCGCCUCACACUUCUUCUUGGAUGGCUACUUAUUAUUGUGGGUGUGAUUUUACUUGUUGGCUCAACACGGCUAGUGAGAUUUCUUUCUUGUUCCUCGAGUCAAAGAAGAAGCAAUGUCGAUAAGAAUUUUGGCCUUAGAAGAACCACUUCUUCCCGUGUUAGGGAACCAAGUCCAAGUGCUAUCAUUCAAGCAGCAACAUUAAAUCAUUUACUAUCAUCAUCAUCCAAAGAAAAAGCUUGAGCUGACAUGUGCUGGGUCAUGUUCCUUCAUCCUUUGCAGAAUAUCUGAGCAUUAAGUUGCUUUCUAAUCCGAUUGGCAAGGGCAGGGUGUGUUGUACGAGUAUAGUGGCUGCUUCAUCAGAGGAUAUUUUGGUGUGAUCGUUCAUUUAUGAUUCACACAUUAUGAAUGAAAUAUGUGUUAACUUCUGAGGCCUCCUUGUAGAAACUUUUCAUGAACUUCCAUUAUUUUUUUGUUUUCAAGGAUUGUAUAUGACAGUGAUGUGGAUAGCAUACCAAUACCAACAUACAAAAUUUGUUUUAUUUGCACUGAAACAUAUUUUGAUGAAGAAAAGUUUAUUCUUGUGCACUAGUGCAGUGGUGCUCUUUGCAUAUAUAGGUGUUGCUUCGUUAGAAAGAAAUGUUAAUAACAUAUUUCUUGUAGAACAUCCUACUGUUGGCAAAAAAAAAAUUGAAAUUAUAAAAUGUGUAUCUUUAUCAAUAAAUGUUCU